AGGAAUGUCAGAUGGGCUGAAGAUGUAUGUAGCAGUGUGUUUGUUAUGGGUUGUGCUUUGCCCAUCCUUACUGGCUCAAAAGUGCAAGGAUUCUGAAUUUUUUGAUGCAAGUACACAGAAAUGUAAAAAAUGUUCAACAUGCCCUGACCAGUUACUGAGCAAAACUUGUAGUGAAACGAGCGAUACUCUGUGUGGGCUCCACAUUAACUUCUCAUUUUUGGACUCUCAAAGCUCAGGGAAUGAGGAUGUUGGAGACAUAGGAACACCAACAGUUUUACAAUCGGAUGACGAAGAGAGAUAUUGGAAGAGCCUAGCAUUUGCCUUAAUUGCUGUACUAAGUGCUCUGGUGAUUCUGACAACUAUUGUGGUGAUAGUGACCUGCCACCGUGUACGUAACUAUACAUGGCUAUGCAAGGGUGUUACACAGGAACAAGGUGAAGAUGCAGAAAGUGGCUAUGUAAUCAUCCAUAGAUUUAUACCACCAACUGCUAGCCCUACAACACCAGGGGCAAGUGGUCAGAACCCAUCAGAGACCCACCCAUUUAUCUCAUACCAACCUAGGAACACCAGAAAUGGUGCAUACAGACCAAAGAGACGACUAAUGAAUGAGUAUGUAGAUGAUGUGUUUGAGAGUGAUGACAGUGGAGGAUCACGAACCCUUAGGUUGCCCCUAGCAACCAUACCAGAGAAGUCAGACUCUGAUAAUCCUGAAAGUCCCAACAGCCCCAUCAGUCCAAAAAGUUGAGGAGAGUUUAUAUAGUUGUGGAACUCUGUGUUUUGCAGCAAAUGUUUGUGAUUUAUGUAAAAGUAUUACAUAUUUUUUUACCUUUUAAUAGUGGUACAAAUACUGUUAAGCACAGAUGCUUCUGCAAUACUUAUUUAUAUAUACCAGAAAAAUCAAAAUAUUAUACAGGUGUCAUUGAUGUGAGAGUUGAUAUUACUAGUGCUUUAGAAUUUACAAAAAAAAUGCUUUAUUCAAAACUUAAUUCUCAACCAAAUUGUUUUGUGACAUUUAUAUUAACAGGAAUAACUUAAUCAGGACCCCCCUCCUCUUUCCUGCCCCCCCCCCCCCCCCCCACACCCCCCACACACACACACACACACACACACACACACAAAUAAAACUGGGAUGUAAUAUUUUAGUUAUAAGUGCUUCUUGGUGGUGCUUUAGUGUUCAAAUCGAAGAAAAAUAAAUUUCUUAGUGGUGCUAAUAGGGUAUGUAAAUGAGGGAGUUGUGUGUGCAGUUUAUUCUGAUAUAGAUGUGUAUUAUUUGAAAAAGUCUACAUUUAACCAUGACAAGAACCCAGGGUAGUUAAUUAGAAUUUAAAACAGAUGUAUUUGUAGUCUUGUUUACAUUUUGUUAGAACCUUAGCCUGCUGGCGGCAAGUGAUUCUGCCUUUGCGACCAGUGCAGACCAGGAUCAGCCUGCACAUCUAUGCAGGCUGAUCAUGGUCUGCACAUGCAGUUCACUAUUCAUUCAAUAAAUUUUCUGUGAACUCACUUUGAAUAAUAUGUGGAACUCCCAAAAUUGAAUGAUGGACCAGUCCAUUUUAGAAAUUGAGCGGGCUAAAGGUUAAUACAUUAAAAUACCAAUGGCUGGAGGUUGCAAGGGGAUAGGCAAAUUUUUUUGUCAAAAUUUACAAAUCACCAUAUCAAUGACAUCACUUGAAGUGUAACUUACUACACAACAACGAAUUAUAUGUUUUAUGCCCCCGCAUUUAUGUGAAAAUUUCACCCAUUGGUCCAGGAAAGAAUCCUAAAUUUUUAUUAUUACUCCUUACAUGGUUUCUAAGUUGGAGAUUUAACCAUACUGAGCACACACAUCUGUUGUCACUAAGCAUUACAGGGACUAUUUUAUAAGUUGCAAUUUGUUAUAAACACUGUUGUUCUGUUUUUAUCAAUAAAAUAUGUCGAUCAACUAACAGAGUAUUGAUGAUUUCAAACAUAUAUGUUACUGAAUCUCACCAUUGUGGUAUAAUAAUAAAUGAUCUUUAAUGUAUAUUCAUUUACUUACUGUACAUUUGCAUUUGCCUUUACUCACAUUUAAUCAGCUGUACAUUGGGUAAUAUUUGUGUUUUAUUCUCACUCAGCAGAGUAACCUAGGGUUCAAAACACUUGUGAAAACUGAGCAGUUUAGCAAAUUGAGCAGUUUAGCUAAAAAGUAUAACCAGCAAUGUAGUGAGAAUUUUUAACAAUAGGAGAUAUGGUGAAAUAAAAGUGAUGCAAAAAUUGCCCAAUGUACAGUAUUUUAAUAUAAUUGUGCCAUAGAAAUAAGUGGAAAGUCAGGGAAUAGACUCAUUAUUCUUGUGCAAGCUGCAGUUUUGUUGUGCUUUAUUUCUGAGAUUUAUUGUCUAGUUGUACAUGUAUUGAUUGUAUUUAGUUAUGUUUAGAUCUAUUCACACUGUUUGAGUAUAGGGGUAAGGGAGAUCACUGUAAGAAUAAAGAAAGGAUUAGGGAGAUGGGAGAUCACAGUAACAAUAUUGUAAAAGGAUUAGAGAAAAUGGAGAUCCAUAUAAGAGUUGAAAGAUGAGGGCGAUUUGUAUCUGAGAAUAAUUGUUAGGUUACGAGAAAAAAGGUAGAGCCCUGUAGAGUUAAGAGAUUAGGGAGAUACAAGAAGCUGUGAAAAGAAUGGCGAACGGAAAUUAUUUUGGACUAAUCUUCAUGCCAAAUGUAGAGAUGCCUAGCUACUCGAAAGUCGAACAUGAUUUGAUAAUAUAUUGAAGUGGGCAUACCUGUAUUUGACUGGCAGAUGUCAAGCUAUGAUUGAUUGACACGUGUCAUAUUUGAAAGCCCAGCAAUAAAAUCGUCUAUAUUAUUUCGGCCGAUUUGUAGACGUAAUUUGCCGUUUCCUAGUAUUUUAUUAGCUCGACUAUUCGAAGAAUAGUCUAGCUAUUCUACUCACCCUGGCGUCGGCGUCGGCGUCGGCGUCACACCUUGGUUAAGUUUUUGCAUGCAAGUACAUACAGCUAUCAUUUAAAGGCAUAUAGCUUUGAAACUUAUUUAUUCUUUUUCUAGGUCAAUUACCAACCUCACUGGGUCAAGUUCCAUAACUCUAACAUGUAUUUUGAGCAAAUUAUGCCCCCUUUUGGACUUAGAAAAUUCUGGUUAAAGUUUUACAUGCAAGUUACUAUCUCCAAAACUAAUGUAGAUAUUGAAUUGAAACUUCACAUGUGUCUUCGGGGUUAUAAAACUAGUUGAUAGCACCAAGUCCCAUAACUCUGACCUUUAUUUUGGCCAAAUUAUGCCCCCUUUUGGACUUAGAAAAUUCUGGUUAAAGUUUUGCGUGCAAGUACAUACAGCUAUUACUAAAAGGCAUAUAGAUUUAAAACUUAUUUUUUCUUUUUCUAAAUCAAUUACCUACCUCACUGGGUCAAGUCCCAUAACUCUGACAUGUAUUUUGGCCAAAUUAUGCCCCCUUUUGGACUUAGAAAAUUCUGGUUAAAGUUUUACAUGCAAGUUACUAUCUCCAAAACUAAUGCAGAUAUUGAAUUGAAACUUCACAUGUGUCUUCGGGGUUAUAAAACUAGUUGAUAGCACCAAGUUCCAUAACUCUGACCUUUAUUUUGGGCAAAUUAUGCCCACUUUUUGACUUAGAAAAUUCUGGUUAAAGUUUUGCGUGCAAGUACAUACAGCUAUUACUAAAAGGCAUAUAGAUUUGAAACUUAUUUUUUCUUUUUCUAGAUCAAUUACCUACCUCCCUGGGUCAAGUCCCAUAACUCUGACAUGUAUUUUGGCCAAAUUAUGCCCCCAUUUGGACUUAGAAAAUCCUGGUUAAAGUUUUACAUGCAAGUAACUAUCUCCAAAACUACUACAGAUAUUAAAUUGAAACUUCACAUGUGUCUUCGGGGUUAUAAAACUAGUUGAUAGCACCAAGUCCUAUAACUCUGACAUGUAUUUUGGGCAAAUUAUGCCCUUUUUGGACUUAGAAAAUCCUGGUUAAAGUUUUGCGUGCAAGUACAUACAGCUAUUACCAAAAGGCAUAUAGCUUUGAAACUUAUUUAUUCUUUUUCUAGGUCAAUUACCAACCUCACUGGGUCAAGUUCCAUAACUCUUAACAUGUAUUUUGAGCAAAUUAUGCCCCCUUUUGGACUUAGAAAAUUCUGGUUAAAGUUUUACAUGCAAGUUACUAUCCCCAAAACUAAUGCAGAUAUUGAAUUGAAACUUAAUAUGUUUCUUCGGGGUUAUAAAACUAGUUAAUAGCACCAAGUCCCAUAACUCUGAUAUGUAUUUUGGUCAAAUUAUGUCCCCUUUCGAACUUAAAACUCUUUUGAUAUUUAACAUUUUGGGUAAUAAUUUCCUGCUUCUGUGACAAUAUUUCGAAUAGUCGAGCUUGGCUGUCUUACGGACAGCUCUUGUUACUUAUAAAAUAGGAUUUUAAAACAUUCUGUUUAGUAUUACGUUUUAUAAAACAAGUCUGCAAACACUUGCAGGGCUCUCACGAGUGGGCGACUUGAGCGAAAAAAGCGCUUUGGAACUUCAGUCUUCGCUCAAAACCAACCUCAAAGCGAAAUGCAAGUCACCCGAUUUUCUUUGAUAUCCGCAUUCGCUAAUUACCGCCACCCGGACUGUUGACAAUUUGCACGGUGUCAAAAUGAGUGUUGAAUACACAGAGACACACGCCGAAAGCAUAAUUUAAGCUCCGCCUACUUCAGGUACUUGCGAGAUUUUCCCGAGAAGUGUGAAAGCGAAUCAAAUUAUCCGAUACACCAGAGUAGACUGUGUUUAGCCAAUUAGCGCCGCGGUUACGUCUUUGACACUUUGCGUUUAAUUGUCAUCAUGUUCUAGUGCAAAAAAAAUGUUUUUAUAAAGAAAUUGCUGAUUAACCAUGCGAUUAAUUGGAAUAUUGUACACAAUUAUUUGUUAUCUAUGGUAAAAGAAUGACAUGUAUGUUGUAUUACCUACGUUAAAUUGAUUUCCAUCGAUGAAUUGAUUUGAAUACGUAUUUCUAGUUUACACAGUUUACUUUCAGUUUCAGUUUUAUACGAGCCAGAUACUGUUCACCGAGGUGGUGACUCGGUGUUAAUAAUAAAUACUUCAUACAUCGGCGGGUUAGAUUAACAGCAUCGGCUUGAAUUUUGAAAACGACUUUUUUCAGAAUUUUGUAAUGAAACAAUAACCACUGUAUGGGAAAUGACCUAACUAAGAAAAUGAAUGGUCACUUCAAUGUUUUUAUUUAGAAACAAGAAAAUUACAGCCACCUUUCGUAUCAUUCAACAGCCACCUUUCGUAUCACUCAACAGCAUUGCGGUAGGAAAAGUCUUCCCACUUCUCUCUAAAGUCUCCCCACUUCUCCCUAAAUCAGCUGGAGGGAGAAGUGACUUCUCCCAAAAAAUUGAACCUAGCUAGACCCCUGUCUUGAAUAAUCUUUUCUAGACAUAUUUUCGCCGAAUCUUGGUUAUUUAAAUGCAUUUUAUCACACAUAAAAAUACAUUUUAAAAUACCGGUACUUUAUUUUAUUUUGUCGAAUAACAUCGGCAAAUAUCGCCAAAAUUUCGGGCGAUUUGUACACGUAAUUUCGCCAUUUCCUAAGGAGCUAAAAUGUAUUUGAUUACAUACAAAAAAGGAUUUACGUUUUAUUAAACAAGUCUGCAAAGUUUUGAAUAAUCUUGGUGAAUAAUGCCAAAUUUUUCUAGACGUACCGGUAUUUUUGUCGUAUCUUGGUUAUUCUUAUGCAUUUAAUUAUACAAUAAAAUAUAUUUUUAAAAAUACCUUAUUUUAUUUCAUUGCGCAACAUCGGCAAAUAUCGGCAAAAUUUCUGUUAAUUUGUAGACGUAAGUUCUCCGUUUCUAAUUCAUUUCAAUGUGUUUAUCACAGAAAAAUAAUUGUAUAUAAGCUGAUUAUAUAUUUUAAAACUUUAAAACUAAAAUGACUGAAGUUUUCAUUUUUUUUUUACAAAAAAAAAAUCGGCGAUUUACCAUUUUAUUUUUCCCAAAACACAUCAUGUUCGAAAAAUAAUGCAUUUUUACAAAUUUUUGACAUUGUUGAUACCAAAAAAUGACCGCGUCUUAUACGAGGCUUAGUGGAAAAGACCCAAGAUUGCACGACCAAUUUCGGGAUGCGUCUUAUAAGCGAGUGCAUCUUAUAAGCGUUUAUGUACGGUAGGGAGAUUCUUUUGUGUUUAGUUGCGUGAUUUUAGCGUUCCCUAUAAGAUAAUGGCGAAGGCAGGUCAUGAGGGAAAUUUGUAUGAGAGUAUAGUACGAGAUAAAAAAAAGAUCCAUGUAAGGGAAUAGUUACAAAGAAAAGGAAAUCCCUGAUAGAGUUAAGAGAUUAUGGAGAUCCAAGUUGGAGUGUAGGUAAGAGAUGACGGAUCCAUUUCAUUGCAUAUUAAUCAUGUGUUCAGCAUAAUAACUGCCAUUUUGUGUAAAUUACUUAUACAUACUCGUAUACCCGCUCCUGUAUGUCAAACAAGAUGCCACUUUUAAACCAAUGUGUUCAUUGAUAUUUGGUUAAAAAACGAAAAUUGUUCAAGAUUUUUAUAGAAAGUAUUUUGAUAAAAAUGUUGUCAUUGACACAGACUUACUUACAUGUUUUAAACUGAGUUUCAUUGCCGAUGUAGUAUCUCUCUAUGUAUUAUAAUAUUUUUUUGCCCAACUUUUAAGUAUCUGAGGAUUUCAGAAAAUGUUCACACUAUGUUUGUGUUAGUGGCUUUAAUACAACAAUGAUAAGCCUUUAUAUUUGAUCUAAAACAACCAUUCUAUCAUGAACAAAGACAUGACACCUCAAGUCAUCUUAUUUCAACAUACACGAAAGACAUUACCGCCUUUAAACAUUCAUUUAUUUUAUAAUUAACAAAUGCAAGACUUCUCUUAAAAGCCAUCUUUUUUAAACAGAAAGAGAUGCUCAUUUUCUAAAAUACCUUGAAAAAAGACAUGACUGCCUUCUAUAAAUGUUUUAUUUGAUCAUUAACAAAGACAUUAACCUUCUUAAAACUCAUCUUAUUUUAACAUAUUAAAGACAUGACCACUUUCUAAAAUAUCAAAAAAGACAUGACUGCCUUCUAAAAGAUGUCAUAUUUUUUCCUGACAGGGAACCAUGUUUCUAUGCAAUUAAGGCAACAUCCUCGCAUCAAUUGAAUUUUGAUGAACAACUUAGAAAAACUGUUUGAAUAUUUAAUUUUGAAUUAAAGUGUUACACUGAUACAAAACAUUUCAGGAUUUUCAUGGGUUUAUGUCCAUUGCCUUUCUCUGGAUAUGCAUUGGUCCGACAGUGAGUUUUAAAUUUUUAAGCUAUUCAUCUUUAAUAUGUUGUACUAAUAUUUUAAUGGAGGAUUUAAUUUGAUUUUAACCUAUUUCAUUUUUUCAUCAUAUUUGCAUAAAAUGCUUCAUUUUUUAUCUCAUUGUUUUAUUUAUGAUCAUUCAUUUAUAUCAUUUUCGUUCAAGUUUUCUAGUUCUUUUUCUUUUAUUUAUGUGAGAUUUGCACAGUUAAAUGGUACCUGAAGUACUUAAUCAGGUCAAAAUAUCUAAACUCUGGUACAUCUAUUUCCAAACAUUAAGUUUAGUACUGGUAGAGAACAUGGUACUCGCCGCUGCUCUAGAUGCUGCGCACUGUAAUUGUGUUAUCAUACUUCAGAAAUAUUACCAAAAACUUGUAAUCAUGCAGGGACAAAACUGUUUUUAUAUUGCAAGAACAAUUCUGUUCAUUGGAAAAAACCUAGAACUGUUAAACAUGUACAUUUUUUCCUUUUUCUCUAGUUAAAAUACUAUAUGAUAAUUAGAAACAAACCAUUAUUCAUCAAUGCCAAACAUGUACUGUUUACUGUGUAUAUGAUCAUAGAACAAUAUUGAUUGUCGGUUUGUAUAUAUAACAGUAAAUCUAUGGAAAGUAAAUACAA